CUCUCCACAUUUUGCAUUUUGCGCAUGCAAGCUUGUGCUUUUGUGUAUUUAGUGCUGUGCGCGAGUUCAAGCUGUGGACAGCUUUUGCCGUUGUUGUUGGAUGUGGAUCGGAAAUGAACUCACGCGAUCGACAAUUCUGGACAGAGUUUCUGGAGCUCUAUCGCUCGCUGCCGGCUGUGUGGAAGGUCAAGAGUCCGGAGUACAGCAGCCGUGCUCUGAAAUCAGCCGGCUACGAGCAGCUGGUGCAGAAGCUGCGCGAGGUGGAGCCGGACGCGGAUCGCGCCCUUGUCGUCAAAAAAAUCAACUCGUUUCGCACAAACUUUCGUCGUGAUUUGCGCAAACGCGAUCACUGCAGCGACGAGGAGCCCUUCGAGUCGACGCUCUGGUACUUUGGGCUUCUGAGCUUCUUGGAGGGCCAAGAGGUGCACAGCUGGUGUCACACCUUGCAAAAAUCGAACAGUUUUGAUCUUGAAGCUCAGCCUGAAGUUAUGCGCAAGAAACGACGCUCUGCAGUCAAAGAUGAAUUUCCUGCUUCACCCGCCGCAACCGAGUUGGGCUCCACUGUCCACUGUCCCACCUCUCCACUUCGCUCCUCCUCCUGCAACAGGCAGCAGCGCAAGCGUUUGUCUACGCUCUCCGAAUCCGAGGCACUCGCUCACACCUGGCUCAGUCAGUUCGAGGAGCUGGCGCCUAGACAGAAGCUGCUCGCUCGCAAGCUCAUCUCGGACGUUCUCUACUACGGCUGCAUGCGCCAACUGGAGCCCUGCCACGUCGCCCAACUGCAGCAGAUGAUGAUGAGGCGAAGAAGCGAACCGCCUCAGGCGAAUGUGGAGGACGAAUCUGUAGAUGUGGAUAGUUAGCCAAAGAAAUUGCACUGGAAUUAUAAAAAAAAAA